GUAAUUGCAGUCGGCAUAGUGAAUCCAAACUAUCAAAUUACUCCACUGAACAAAAAAGAGAGAAAAGACGUGGUAGCUGAAACUCCUUCUGGUGCUAGACGUUCCUAUAUUCUUCUCUGGUUACUGCACUUAACUAAAUAGCCAGACGUACUUGAUGCAAAGCGAUAUAGCACGAAUGAUGUGUUUUUAAAACGGGGCUACAGCCGAGUACUGGUGCUUGAAUUACUGAAAGAAUUCGUUUGAAAGGAUUGCCUUGAAUGGUGAAACAUCAGCUGCCAUCGUGCUAGUGAAAUUUUGUGAUUCUGUCCAACCAUCAACAUCAUUGUCCAAAGUUGUUCUAGUUUAUUCAAGAUAUGGCGACAGCCUCCUCAGACACAGGCGAAAGCGAUGAGACUAUCAAUACUACAAGGGACCAGACCACCCAGGAUUUUUUGACCGGGCUGAAGGAACGAGAAAGUCUUAAAAUGGAGUUGAACGAACGGGAAAAGGAACUGGGAGCAGUGAAAUCGCAGAAUUACGAUUUGAUAAAGAAAAUUGAAGCGCUUGAGAAAGAGCUUUCCGAGGUGAAGCAAGGAAAUGCGCUUAGGAAGAAAUCGUCAACCAGCAAGCAAGCAACCAGUGGUAAGAAAACGACAACAAAACCGUUACGACCAGCUCAGAGAAAGUUACCAAAGUCGAAAAAAUCACAAGGUUUGCUAUCGCCAAAGGAUGUUGAGAAAUCACACGAUGAUCCUUUUGAUGAUCCAGAACAACUCUACAAGAUAAUUGCUGAAAAAUAUCCAGAACUUCCUCUUUCAACCGUUCUUGCUGCGGAAACAAAAUUUGUGGAAGCUGAUGCUAACAGAGACGGGACAAUUGAUGCAGAGGAGCUUGAAAAAAUUUUGGACAACAGUAAAACAAUGUUUACAAAACAGCAAGUUCUUGAUAUUCUGAAAGAAAUUGACGAGGAUAAAACAAAUACGAUUGAUUUCUUUGAAUGCUUGCAGGUCUUGGAUUUAUUGAGGCAGAACAGAAGUUCACGUUUGCCAAGUUCAAUUCAGCAGAAUAAAAGUGCCAUUUGCUCGAUUCAGUGAACCUGUUUAACGACAGGCGCGGAAUCCUCGGCUCUCUCACAAACACAUGCAUGGUAGUUCAACAAUUAAAGAAUAUUGAUGAUUUCUGAGAGAGCAGGCGCAACUAAAGUCGGGAAACAACGAAAUAUUUUCACUCAUUGACUAUCGCCAAACGACUGGUAUAAUAAUGCGCAGAUAAAGUGUUGGAUUGAAAUUAAUUAUAAUCGCGCUUUACCGUGAAUCCUCCGUUGUCUAAAUUUGGCAACGGAAAUCCUAUUUACUGAUCAGGCUUUAGUCACCAUUGUAAACAAUGCCAAGAAAAUAUAGACACUGCCACAGGGCUUUCAAAACUAUUCUGGUGUAUUGUAAGCAAUUGAAUUUACAAAUAACCUGGACUUCGAGCUCAUUUAAACCGUACAGCCUGCGAAAAAUUGCUAUCGUGACAAAGAUGAAAUACCACUCAACUUUUCAGGAACUUGUGAUAUAUUUAAGUGGAUUUAUCCAACUGUAAGGGGGGCUAGUCUAGUCCUAUGAGUUAAACAUCCAUAUCCUCAAUUUAUCAACUGCAAACAGAGAUUAACUAAAUGAAACCAGAACAUAUUUUGACAAACCCUGUUUUUCAUUUAUCUUCCUUUUAUUCUGGACACGCACGGGUAUUGAUGUGAGAUAAACCAGUUCUCUAUUUUUGUUAUUGUAUGUGUGGAAGAUUAAAAUUCUUAUCCAGGCUUAGUUUAAGGUUUCUUUAAUACUCAUUCGUAUCCAAAAUAUGUUUGGAGGAAUUUGCAACUAUAUUCGUGCACUAACUUGUGUUGAAGAUGUUUAUAAGAUUCUUAAGAGGACUGUUACUCAAAGCAGAACGGAUCAGUCGAACUAUCCAGGAGGAUUAGUAAUCAGACUCCGACCAGCGUGAGAGAUUAACUGUUUUGUGUGGACGACUGAUUAGAUUUGUACCUAAGAUUCUCUGCGAUAAAGCUGGCACAUUAGAUCUUUGUCACAGUAAAUCUUGUCCGGACUUUAUUACGAUGAAAACAGAAGAAACCCAAAGGUGUGUCCUGCAAAUGACAAACGACCAUAGCGAUGAUAACCGUGGCGUUGCCAUGGUAAAAAGUGAAUUGCGUAAAACUAUUCAGUCGAGGCGAGAG